GUCAUGACCCGGAUGGCGAGCAACAUCAAUACUCCUCGUCGCUGGCUCGCCUCAGUCGUUGCUGAGUACGUAGGCGCGUCGCCGCUGUCGCGUUUUCCUGUCGCGAUCACGUGCAUCGCUAUAACGUUUGACUUGCGCGGCGAGUUGCGCCGUCAGCGCGUCAGUCCAGUACUGAGUACUGUCACUCAGCACCUUAAGCAGGCCUCAGCGCUAGCAUCAUCGCCUCAACAUCACCUCAACAAGUCGACUAUUGUGUUCACCUCAAUCAGUACUGCGCUCGGCAGCAUUGUGACGGCACUCAGGUCGGAUCGAACACUAGUAUGAAGAUUCCUGUUAUCAUUGAUACAGAUCCAGGAGUAGAUGAUGUCCUCGCGAUAUUGCUCGCCCUCGCUUCUCCCGAACUCGAUGUCCGCGCGAUCAUCGUCUCGUACGGCAAUACCACCUUAGAGGCUUCUCAUCUCAACAUCAUCAAGCUGUAUCAUGCUCUACUGCAGCACCUAGAGCAAUAUCCCGAACAGAAAUCUCGUUACCCCGGGCUUGCAAACACUCAUAAGGUCAUUCUUGCAAAAGGAUGCAGCGACCCGCUUGCAGGCGAGAUCCAUAGCGCAGAAUACUUCCACGGCCGCGAUGGGCUCGGAGACAUAGACGAGCGCCAUCCGGAUCUAAAUACCGAGUUGCCUACCGCAGAGCACUCUCAUUUAGUGCUGACAGAUCGACCUGGGGUAGAAGUGGCCUGCGAGAUCAUCGAGAACGAACCUUCCAGGAGUAUCACCUAUGUGGCCCUAGGUCCCCUCACCAACCUUGCCCGACUGCUGCGGGUGGGAGGAGAUUCCGUCAGAGAUCGGAUCGGACGCGUUGUAUGUAUGGGCGGUGCCCUGGACGUUCCAGGUAACACGAACCCAGUCGCAGAAUUCAACUUCUUCGCCGACCCCUAUGCUGUCAAAGAACUGCUCCUACCCGACGAUCCGCGCUCCGGUCUCCCUCUCGAGCGCUUCCUCCUCCUUCCUCUAGACAUCACGACCCCGCACGAGCUGCCCUUCCCUAUCUAUGCUACUCAAGUCGACCCGACUUUCGAGAACGCAACGACGCGGCCUUCCCAACCGAAAGGCAAGCCGCCACUCGUGCACUUCACCAGCUCCUUCCUCGAGCGCACGCGCGAGAUCAUGGUCAGUUACGGCAAGGACGCCAUGGAGCUGCACGACAUCGUCGCUGUCUGGUGUGCCAUCGCGAACCCUCCCGUUGAGGUCGAGACGGCCGGCGCGCUGCCGAAGCUCGAGCCCGGGUGGAAGGCCUCACAGCGCAAGUUCCAGAUAGAGCGGAUCGGUGAGAUCACCAGGGGCAUGUGCGUGGUCGACCGGCGAGAAGAUCCAGGGGCGUACGCCCCCGGUGCGAACCGCGCAGAAAUGCAGGCCGAACUCGAGAAGCAUCACCUGCACCACUCCGGGCCGUUCGAAUCCACUGCCCUCCCAGCGCAAGUUGAGGUGGAGCGUGCAAGUGACGCGCUGCCUCGGAACCUUACCACAGGUGGGGUGGCUUGCGUGUUCGAGACUCCCGGACCGGAGGUACUGCUCAAGCUUCUGCUUGAGCGGGUCUGGGGUGUAACUGGUUGACUCGCGAGUUGCUCGAACUCUGUGCGAUGCGUCGUUUGCCAGAAAAUGUUUUACUAAUACAGUGCAGUUCCAGGGAUUAG